AUGACGAUGGCCUCAAAGAAUUUUGCUGCCAAGAGGAAAAGAACCAGGACUUUGGAAGGCAUUAAUGAAAGCUCGACACUGAGAUCACAAUAUAUGGAUGGACACAUGUCAGAUCCUAUAAUGACGGCAGCUGCGGCCGCAGCCGCAGCCGCAGCUGCAGAUGUCUCAACGUCUUCUGCUUCAAAUACUGGACGGAUGCAGAAUCCGUUCAUCGAGGAAUUUAUGUCAUCCAACAACGAUCCAAUGACGGCAGAUUCGUUAAGGGGCACGCUUCUGUUGGAUGUUGACAGACAGGGCCAGAAUUCAGGAUCUUUUGUUACCGGUAUCGCUGCUAAUAAUAGGAAUAGUAAACAAAAUGAAAACGGGAACGGAUUUGAUCUUGUAGAUUUGGACGACAGUGCCGUGGAGUUUGUCAAUAGUGUCAACUAUACGAGUGCCAAAAAGGUAAAGAAGCAAAGAACAGUCUCUUUACCACAAUUACCGCAUGCAAGACUACUCUACGAACCCAGAAAUACGGAUAGGAGGACACAGAAUGAUGACGAGUUAUUGCAUGUCAGCGGUACUACGACGCAAACUGUUGAUGGGAACAAGUUGAUUAAAUUGCCAUUGAUCAGAUCUUUGUCUCCGGUACCUGUUGCUGAUUUCAGAUUGGGAAAAAAUGGUGGUAUGCAAAACAAUAACCAGGACCAGAACUUUGACAUCUCAAAUUCUGCCUCGAAAUCUCCAUCCAGGUUCACCAAAAUUUUAAAGAAAUCUCCGCUAUUGGGCUCCCAUCAGGACAAAUUACGUUCUAUGGAUAGAUUCAAAACUGAUGAGGAAGGUCAUUAUGUAUACCAGGAGAAUGACAUUUUUGCCAAGAACAGAUUCCAGGCUAUGCAGCUUUUGGGACAGGGUACUUUUGGGAAAGUGGUAAAGUGCAAGGACUAUUUAAACGAUAUCACUGUUGCUGUCAAAAUCAUAAGAGCUGUCGAUAGAUAUCGGCAAGCUGCAAAGACAGAACUACGUGUCUUGCAGACUAUAAAGGAAAAUGACAGGAGUGGCCAAUAUCAAUGCUUGCUGUUGCGAGAAUUCUUCGAUUACAAGAAUCACAUAUGCUUGGUCACUGAUUUAUACGGCAGGUCCGUGUAUGACUUUAUGACAAACAAUGGAUAUGCAAGGUUCCCUGGUUCCCAUGUUCAAGCUAUCGGUAAACAGUUGGUACGUUCUGUGUGCUUCUUGCAUGAUUUAGGAAUAAUACAUACUGAUUUGAAACCGGAGAAUAUAUUGAUAUGUGAUGAAACUUGCGUGGAACAGUCACUUCCAAUGGAAAUCAUAGACUCUUUAACUGAAAGAAGGAAACUGGCUAGCGGUGGAAAGAGAAAAAUACUCAUAAAUCCUGAGGUGAAAUUAAUUGAUUUUGGAAGUGCUGUAUUCUACAAUGAAUACCAUCCACCUGUCGUUUCAACGCGUCACUACAGAGCUCCUGAAAUUGUUUUAGGGCUUGGAUGGUCUUUCCCAUGCGAUAUCUGGUCAAUAGCAUGUGUAUUGGUUGAGCUAGUUACUGGCGAGUCACUCUAUCCAAUUCAUGAAAAUACAGAGCAUAUGGCUAUGAUGCAACGUAUCAACAAUGAAAAAUUCCCUAAAAAGAUGGUUGAAAAAAUGUUCUUCAAAGUUGAAAACAAGUAUGGCAGCAUCCCAACUGAUUUGCAAACUUCAGUUGUAAAAUAUUUCGACAGACAAACAGGAGAAUUAAGGUGGCCUCUCCGGAAUUCAAAAGGUCAAGUCAUUACCAAAGAAAAGUCAUGGAAAAGAAUUUUGGCAACAUGUGACAGGCUGGAUGUUUUUAUCUCCAAAAAGUUACAAAUGGACUAUGGAUCUUGGCUGGAGAUUCACUGGGAUAUGCAGUUAGAGGACAACUGGCGUCUAAUUUUAUCAAAAAAUAUUGAUUCCAGAAAUAUUGAUAAGAACGUUUUCAUGUUUUGGUAUUAUUUCGUUGAUUUAUGUCGUAAGAUGUUUGAAUUUGAUCCAACGAAAAGAAUAACGGCGAAGGAAGUGAUUGAACAUGAGUGGUUCAACAUUGGGAUUUUAGAUGAAGGUAUUUCACACUACGGAAGAUUAUAG